AUGUCGACCCGCGAUACCACCAUAAGACCUCCUGUGACUCACCUCGCAUACCUUCGCUCCUACUCUUCUCCAUCUCACUUCCACUCUACCACCUCUUACAACGCCUUUGCGCGCCCCCGUAUCAAGCUUCAUCCUCGACGUACCACCCAGCCCCACAUCCUCGCCCGCGACGCUCCUCCCGCCCCGGAAACGCACGCCCUAUCCCCAGUCAACUCUUCCACUUCCUCUACUUCGUCCAACGCCUCCUCUACUAGAGGUCUCUUGAGCACGGAGAGAAGACAUCGACGGGAUGACGCAGAGCCCAAUUGGCAGGAGGUUAUGGAAGAAGAGGGCGAGGAGUUUUCUGGGAGGGGCCCUUGGAGAAGAAGAGCCCAUGAGUGGAACCCUUGGAUCGCUGGCUGUCUCCAGAUCCUCCUCAAUGUGACCAUGGUCGCCCUCUUUUCCACCCCUCCCGACAGCCGCAAAUGGUUUCUCUUUGCCAACGCUGUCGGAUCGGUCGUCGCGUUCGUCUUUGGCAUCAUCACUCUCGAGUUCAGACGUAUUUGGAAGACGAAGGAGGUUCGGCCUGUCGAUUUCUUCCUCUUCUUCGCUGCAGUAUGCAAUGUCGUUGCUAUUUCCUUCAUGUUUGUUGCUGUUUUCCGAGGAUACGUGGGAGGGUGA